CGCAAAAUGGCCGCCCCAGAGGUCGAGACGGGGACUAGGCGGCGGCUCCGCGUCCGGAUCGGGGCGGCGGCGGCGGCGGCGGGGAGCCGGGUGUUCUGCUGCGCCGCCCCCGCGGUGGGGCCGGGGUGAGACGCGAGCCUCCCGCGCGGCGGUCGCUCGCCUCCCGCCCGCCUCAUCCUGCGGCGGGGAUGGGGCGCUGCCGGCUGUGGGGGCUCCUGCGGCGCCCGCAGGCCUCGGGGGAGCGGCAGGGCCUCGCCGUUCCCGGUCUCGUCGCGGGGGCUGGCGAGCGGGGCAGCGUCUGGCGGGCGGCGUGCUCGCAGCGGGCUGCUGGCGGGGCCGCGGCUUCCUCCGGCCCAACCCCGCGAGGAGAGGCCUUCACGGGCAUCGCUCCGCCGGAGCGCGGGCAACGCUGCUGCUCUGAACACAGCCCUCACCUUUCCAGGAAUUUCAUCUUCGUUAUGUGUAUUCGCAUUUGAAAAAAAAAACACCUUGAUAUGUGUUUGGGGUCUAACGCGCACUGAAGUUGGGCUCUGUUUUGCCGUACUUGCAGCCCCUGUCUGCCUCGGGAGGGGCAAUUCACAUCACACUUCAAUACGAUUUCUGUAGCCAUCACAGGGAAAGCUGCGGUGGAAUGGAGGGUAUGUGUUGCAUCCGUUCAGCGAAGCAGUGGCUUGCUAUAUGAUUGACAUCCUGGAAUUUUUCUGGUGUCACUGCUCAUAAUAACUUGGAUCUUACCUUCGGGAGUAGAAGCAGGAGAAAAACAUUAACAACACUGGUUUGGAAGAAAUGCUAAGUUUUAGAUUAAGACAGUGUAUAUAGAGAGAAAUAGUGCUUAAGUAAGUAUUUGGUUUUUGAUCUGAGUUGUUUUCACCAGUUAUUAGAUUUUUCUUUUUCCUUGAUAUCUUUAAAUUGAACAGAUUCAGGUAAAAAAAUGUUUUGGUAGAUAUAUGGCAGUAUAUGAAUAAAUCACAUGAUCAUUUCUUGAUUUGAAGUAGUGGAGCUUUUGAACAUUCUUCUGUGGUAUUUCUGUGUUUGUACUUCUGUAGUACUUGUGGGGUCUUCUAAAUGGAUGGUGCCAGUCAACAUAAAUGAUCUGUUACAGUUAAUGCUUCCUUUGGAAAUCUCAUGUCAAGCUGUUUUGGGUUUUUUUUGUUUGUUUUGUCUUGCAAUUUUUUUUGUGUGUGUUUGUUAUUGUUGUAGGUUUGUUUUUUUUUUUUUUUUUAUAUUCAUAUGCUACUCGAAAUCCCAAAGAAAUAGCUAUUAUAUUGUGUGCUGGCAGCUCUUCUUUUUCAAUAUUGGAUCUUCUUAAUUUACAGUGUGUUUUUACUGAUACAGUUGAACUGCUGCUAUAGACAAUUGAGUAACUGUGGCCAAAGUGAUUUGAGGUGAAGUUACUUUGACUUGCCCAGUUUCCACUGUUACAAAGUGUGUUUAUAUAAAUACAACUACUUAAAAAAGAAGUUUGGUCUUGGCCAGAUCUACCAACUAGACUCAGCAAUAGAGGAGUGAGAGCUUAAUUAAGAGCCUUCUAUCAUCAGUCUGUUUACAGGAAACUAUGUUGAUUAUUUAACAUGCAAUAAUAAUAAUAAUAAAUAUAUCCUCUUAUAAACAUAUCUUAAAGAACUAUAAAAUUGUAACAGUUAUGUUGAAUUUUACUUGGAAUUACAUAGUUAGACUUACCACCCCAUGGAAAGCCUAAUAAUAUUAGAAUACGUGGCUUUAUUAACUGCCUUUUUUUCUCCUAACAGCUACAACUUUGAAGCAUUUCACAGUUUGUAGUUGAAAAUUUUACAGUUCAUUAAAAAAGACUGCAAAUUCACUUUGUGCUCUCCCACUGCAUAUAGCUCUUUCUGUAUGCACCUCUCUGUACUUCUUUAUUUUUUCAUGCGUACUAUUCUGAAAACUUCCUUGAAUGUUAGUGAAAGUUGAUUAUUUCUUUAAAUUAUCUUCUGAGUGGCUUGUAAACCGAUCAGUGAUUCAGUAUAUAACCCACAGAUCUGUAUCACAGAUGGAGUGCAAUAGCUAUAAAUUCUUUCUGUUUUACAGAAAUGCACCUGAAACUUCAGAAAGUAGGUAUUCAAAAUCUGAGCAAAGCUUCGGCCAGAAAGUCUUCUCACAAACAAACAAGUAACAUGAAGACUAAAACAAAGAGAUGAUGGUGAUCUGAUGACAGGCAAAGGAAGGAGUAAGGAACUGCAAUUCCUAGAGAAGGCUCCAGACUGCCAGCUUGUGGUGAAUGUAGCUGCCCUGGUGUAAUGAUAGUCUAAAGGUACAGAUUUGCCAUAAAUUCUGCGGUCUGAGGUGCAAGUAUGUGAAAGGACAUAGGUGUUUGGCAAGAUGGAUAUUAGUACAGUCUGUGAAAGGCAUCUUGACAGGAAGAAACCAAAACUUUUCUUAAAUAUUUAACUUCAGAAGGGUAUUUUUUUUUCUUUGUUUUCCCCAUUUAUGCCUUUAUAAACGUGUUAUCUGUUUCAGAUAUUGUGAAUAAACAUCUUUAUUUGCACGUUUAACUGAACCUGGCAUGAAUUAAAAGUGAUCUGAUAUUAAAUGGUUAUAAAGAAGUAAUUUCUUACACCAGUCCCUGGAGCAAACUGCAAGUACCUGGCUCCCUGUUUUGUUUUGUAGAAUAUAGGAGAGCUGAGAGAGCAUGCUCCCAAAUAAACCGUUUGGGUUGUCUGGAGAAUAGGUGUUACAGGUUCAGAGAAGAAGGAAAUGUCACUGCAGUAACCGUAAGUAACCAGCUCUCUGUCAUACUCAUUACUGGCGUGCACGUUGAACUCAGAAGGCUCCCAGGGAGGCUAUAACAAGAGCCUAAAACCAGUUGUAAACUAGAUUAAAUCCUUGUAUCCCUUCCUACUGUGACAAUUUAAAAUACACCUUAAACAUACCCAUUUCUCUGUCAAUGUUAUGUUCUGUGUUACUAGACAAUUGUAGAUGUUCAGUUGCUGCAGACAGCUUUGUGUUCUGUAUUCCCAGAGUCUCUAGUCACUCAGCUAUUCAUCUUAACCUGUUUAUCUUAAUCUUUUGCUUCCUUCUAUCAAUUUCUUUCUUGAUAGUAAAAAUUGAUAAUUCAGUGAUAAGUUUAUGUAGUUCUGUCUUUCUCAAUUUGUAUAACUGGAAACAUUAAAUGUUAUAAUGGCAUAUUGAUAAUACCACUGUUGGGAGUAUUAACCAUUUUGCUACUGUUACCUUGUUUUAGCAGAAGUGGGCAGUUAAUGUAUUUAUCUCCAAACCUGCUCCGAUAAGCCUAUUUUCCUUACUGAAUCACUCAAACCUUUGGCUUCACUUCUAGCAACUUGUGCAUCGGUGAUGCAUUUUCCAUAUGAAAUCACGAAGACAGAAACUGUAUCAAGAAAUAGUAGUUCUUAAGUCAAACACAAAGAAUUGCUGCCUUUUGCAUGGACUGAGUUACCAUAUUUAAUAAAAUGAUUUCUUUUCCUUCUUGUAUUGGCUCUAGCCUCUUCCAGGACCAUAUGUCAACUUAAUGAUCAAAACCUUAAAAUAGAGGUCAGAAAUACUAAAUUUGGAUGUCCAAGUUAAUAUCACAAGGACACAAUUUCUAAGAACACUUAACAUAGGAGAGUGCUUUUAUAUAUUUAGCAUACAUAACCCAUUAACUUCAGAGGGCACUUGGCUCCACUUGUCAGAUCCAAGGUAUCAAGAUGGGUGCUCAGGAAAUAAAGAAUGAGCAAUUACACAAUAGUUGUGAGCAACUUUAAGCAGCAUUCACUGACAAAGCCAUGAUGCCUUUGUGCUUUUAUAUUAACAAUCUCAUUUGUUACAAACACAACUGUCUAAUCUCUUUAUCAUUCUGAAUUUAUAGCACAUCAGAGGUGUACAUCAGUGAUUUUUGACUUGAGCAUACGCAUGUUCACAGAAUUUAUUCAUACUUACCCUUUAUGUGGAGCAAGGAUGGUGCUGGAACACGUCCUUCUGAAGUGCUCAGUUUGAAGUUCCUAUUCUUGCAUUUUUUGAGCCUAUUGAGGUUCUGUCUGCACUAUGUUAUAUAUCAGAACUGGUUUAUAGAUGUGUGAGGUUGGAAGAUCUCUUUAUUAUCCAGCACCAGGCACUGGCCAAGGUGGUAAAUAUGUCUGAGACAAAACAAAGAAAACUUGUGUAGGUUUCAUUACUAUUUGUUAAAUAAUACAUACGAGUUGGGUUUCUCUGAACAGAGGAAGCUAUGAGCCAUGUCUGAUUCUUUUGUUUGUUGGUUAUUUUUGUGGAUAUCGUGUAUUGACUCUUGCUUCUGACUUAGUUUUUCACUUUAUUUUUCCUCACCAGAUUUUGAUGUUACCUUGCUUUAUAGUCCUUCGCCACGUAAAGGAAGGCACAAGGUUUUAAUUCUGAAUGAGCCCAUCUAUUUUGGGAUUUCUUCUGCAGUAAAUGACUAGGGAUUCUAACAGCGAAGCUUCCUCCAUUGCACACCGUCUUAAUCAUCUGCAGACCAGGUAAACAUUACCAAAUGAGGAGAAAAGGAAGAUGUCAUCGAGUAUCGGCAGCAAGGCAUUCUUCUUCCCCAUGCAGUAUUAAGCACUCCCCCACACGAGAAACCUUGACAUACGCUCAAGCUCAAAGAAUGGUUGAAAUAGAAAUUGAAGGUCGCCUGCAUAGGAUCAGUAUCUUUGAUCCUUUAGAGAUUAUAUUAGAAGAUGAUCUUACAGCCCAGGAAAUGAGUGAGUGCAACAGCAAUAAAGAAAAUAGUGAAAGACCACCAGUUUGUCUAAGAAGCAAACGGCAUAAAAAUAACAAAGUGAAAAAGAAAAAUGAAGCUCUUCCGAGCUCACAUGGUAUACCUGCUACAACAACUCCUCUUCCAGAACCAAAAGUACGGAUUGUUGAAUACAGUCCCCCUUCGGCUCCUCGGAGACCUCCAGUUUAUUACAAAUUCAUUGAGAAGUCAGCAGAAGAACUUGAUAACGAAGUUGAGUAUGACAUGGAUGAAGAAGAUUACGCAUGGUUAGAAAUAAUAAACGAGAAGCGGAAAAGCGAUGGAGUGUCAGUUGUUUCACAAAAUAUGUUUGAAUUCCUUAUGGAUAGGUUUGAGAAAGAGUCUUAUUGUGAGAACCAAAAACAGGGUGAUCAUCAGUCUUUAAUUGAUGAAGAUGCGGUGUGUUGUAUAUGCAUGGAUGGUGAAUGUCAGAACAGCAAUGUAAUCCUGUUUUGUGAUAUGUGUAAUUUAGCAGUACAUCAGGAAUGCUAUGGGGUGCCAUAUAUACCCGAGGGCCAGUGGCUCUGCAGACACUGUCUGCAGUCCCGUUCUCGGCCUGUAGACUGUGUGCUGUGCCCGAACAAGGGAGGUGCCUUUAAAAAGACUGAUGAUGAUCGUUGGGGACACGUUGUGUGUGCUUUGUGGAUUCCAGAAGUUGGAUUUGCCAAUACAGUUUUUAUUGAGCCAAUUGAUGGUGUCAGGAACAUUCCCCCAGCCAGAUGGAAGUUAACAUGCUACCUCUGUAAACAGAAAGGUGUUGGUGCCUGCAUCCAGUGCCACAAAGCAAACUGCUAUACUGCAUUCCAUGUGACGUGUGCUCAAAAGGCCGGUCUAUAUAUGAAAAUGGAACCUGUGAAAGAAUUAACUGGCAGUGGGACAACAUUCUCUGUAAAAAAGACUGCCUAUUGCGAUGUACAUACUCCACCAGGUUGCACACGGAGACCUCUAAAUAUUUAUGGAGAAGCUGAAAUCAAAAACGGUGUUUGUAGAAAGGAAGGAUCAGUCAGAACUGCUAGGUCUACAUCAAAAGUCAGAAAAAAGACCAAAAAAGCCAAGAAAACAGUGGUUGAACCCUGUACAGUUAUGCCAACAGUAUCUGCUCCUUAUAUCCCCCCCCAGAGAUUAAAUAAGAUUAUGAAUCAGGUGGCCAUUCAGCGGAAGAAGCAGUUUGUUGAACGAGUGCACAGUUACUGGUUGCUUAAAAGACUGUCUAGGAAUGGUGUUCCUCUGUUGAGAAGGCUGCAGUCCAGUUUACAGUCACAAAGAAACACACAACAGAGAGAAGAUGAUGAAGAAAUGCAAGCCUUAAAAGAAAAACUGAAGUACUGGCAAAGGCUGCGCCAUGAUCUUGAAAGAGCCCGUUUGUUGAUUGAACUUAUACGUAAGCGUGAAAAAUUAAAAAGAGAACAGGUCAAAAUUGAGCAGGUUGCUAUGGAACUUCAGCUUACUCCAUUCACUGUACUUCUGCGAUCAGUUCUGGAUCAGCUGCAGGAAAAGGAUUCUGCCCGUAUAUUUGCUCAGCCAGUGAACCUUAAAGAGGUUCCAGACUAUUUGGAUCAUAUUAAACAUCCUAUGGAUUUCUCUACCAUGCGAAAACGGUUAGAUGCUCAAGGCUAUAAAAACCUCAGUGAGUUUGAAGAAGACUUCAACCUUAUCAUAGAUAACUGUAUGAAAUACAAUGCAAAAGAUACAAUAUUCUAUAGAGCUGCAGUGCGGUUAAGAGAUCAAGGAGGUGUAGUUCUCAGGCAAGCUAGGCGAGAUGCUGAAGGAAUCGGUUAUAAUAAUGAAACUGGAAUGCACUUACCUGAACGGCCUAAACUUGAGUCACCCCAGCCUUUCUCUUGGGAAGAUGUGGAUAGGUUACUGAAUCCUGCAAACAGAGCCCAUAUGUCCUUGGAAGAACAGCUGAGAGAGUUGCUAGAAAAACUUGAUCUCACCUGUGCAAUGAAAUCCAGUGGGUCAAGGAGCAAAAGAGCAAAGCUGUUAAAGAAAGAAAUCAGCAUUAUUCGCAACAAACUAAGUCAGCAACACAGCCAGGCUCCUCAAAUAGAAUCAGGUAUUGGAAGUUUUGAAGAAGAAAGUGCAGCAUUAGAACAAGACGGAGAAGAAGAAGGAGAUAAAUCUCCCCCUAAACUUGAACCAUCAGAUGCAUUACCUCUUCCUUCAAACUUGGAGACUAAUUCAGAACCACCAACCCUCAAACCAGUAGAACUCAAUCCAGAGCAGAGUAAGCUUUACAAAAGAGUAAAAUUUGAUAAUGAAUUAUAUAGCACUUCCAUUCAGAAAGAAAUAAAUGGACACACUCCAGAACACUUACUUGACAGUAAUCUCAAUGAGUCGACUGUUUCUGCUGUAGCUGAGUCAUCAACUGAUGUAAACAGACGUACAUCCAUUCUCUUCUGCAAAUCGAAAAGUAUAAGCCCCCAAAAGUCUGCAAAGAACACUGAAACCCAGCCAACUUCUCCACAGCUAGGGACCAAAACCUUUUUGUCUGUAGUCCUUCCAAGGUUGGAGACACUUCUGCACCCAAGGAAAAGAUCAAGGAGUGCAUGUGGAGAUUCUGAGGUUGAUGAUGAGUCCCCUGUAAAGCGCUUGGAUACAGGUCUGUCAAAUGGUUUUGGAGAUGGAAGUAAUGAGAGAGCAUUAGAUGAUACUCCGGGAAGAAAAGUUGAACCUCGUCGCCGCUGUGCAUCAGAAUCUAGUAUUUCAUCUAGUAACAGUCUUUUGUGUAACUCCAGUUUCAAUCUGCCGAAGUGUGGUAAAGGUAAACCUGCACUUAUACGAAGACACACACUGGAAGACCGAAGUGAAUUGAUAUCUUGCAUUGAAAAUGGAAACUAUGCCAAAGCAGCAAGAAUUGCAGCUGAAGUGGGGCAUAGCAGUAUGUGGAUUUCAACUGAUGCUGCAACAUCUGUUCUUGAGCCUCUAAAAGUAGUAUGGGCCAAAUGCAGUGGAUAUCCCUCCUACCCAGCUCUGAUUAUUGAUCCUAAGAUGCCUCGUGUUGCUGGUCAUCACAAUGGUGUUACUAUACCAGUGCCACCUCUGGAUGUACUGAAAAUUGGAGAACAAAUGCAGACCAAAUCGGAUGAGAAACUGUUCUUAGUACUAUUUUUUGACAAUAAAAGAAGUUGGCAGUGGCUUCCUAAAUCCAAAAUGGUUCCCCUUGGGAUAGAUGAGACCAUAGACAAGUUAAAAAUGAUGGAAGGACGUAACUCAAGCAUACGAAAAGCAGUAAGAAUCGCUUUUGAUCGUGCUAUGAAUCACCUGAGUCGGGUCCACGGAGAACCAGUCAGUGACUUCAGUGAUAUUGACUAACAGAAAUUCUACCAAGGCAUGAAAAAUACCACACAGACUUGAACUGUACUAAUGAACCUCUUUGUCUAAAAGAAUGUAUUGAAGAUACAACCCCUUAAUUGUUGAUUCAGUGGCUGAUUUCUGCAAACUUGAAAUAGUUGAGCAAUUCUUCUAAAUCACCAUUGCCAUAUUGAUUAAUGAUUUUAUCGUGUUGUAGUUUGGAGGAUUUUCCACUAAACCUGUUAAAAUGUCUUGUUCAUAGUGUUCAUAAUUGUACAUAAAUGUAUAUUCAACACUUAACUUAUUCUGAUUUUAGAAGUAGCUCUUUAAUUCCUUUUAUAAUUUUGCUGGGGAGGGAGUUGGUUUUUGUUUCCAUGCUUUUCACCUUUUUUUCUUCUUUCUGAGGUUAAGUUACCUAAGCACCAACUUCCAGCUUAAGGUGUUUAGUGGAUCUUAAAGCCUAAUAUCAAAAUGACAUCAAAUAUAUGUUUGCCUAAAUCAUA